AUGCUGCUGAGCUCUGAGGAGGAGGCGGUGGAGGAGGAGGCGGAGGAGCGACAACCCCGACGAAGAUCAGCAGGACGAGUCUCCGCCGGCCCCAUUCCUUCAACUAUCGGCAACCUCACUGCACUCACCAUCAUCAACCUGUUCCAACUCCCUAACCUUGUUGGCCCAAUUCCUACCUCCAUAGCGAAAUUAUCCUCUCUCACUCAACUAACUAUUAGCGGCAAUGCCAUCUCUGGGGACAUUCCCUCCUUCCUCUGUGACCUCCCUAAGGUCAAUUACCUCGAUCUCUCGGGUAACAAACUCACCGGUAAGAUCCCGCCGUGUCUCAUGCCUCGCGCGAAGGGCUCCACUCCGGUCCUCAAGCUUUAUCAGAACCAGCUCACUGGCGUCGUACCAAGCUCAUUUGCGGGUAUUGAGUUCGCAGCUGUUGAUCUCUCGCACAACAAACUCACCGGAGACGCCUCGUUCCUAUUCUGAGCGGGCAAGAAGUCCGCGGAUUCGAUUAACUUGUCGUGGGACGAGCUUGAGUUCGAUCUGACGCCGGUGAGGUUCCCGCCGUCGCUGACGCAGCUGGAUCUGAGUCAUAACAAGAUACGGGGGAGGAUUCCUGAGCAGAUAACGAGGCUGGGUAAGUUGGGCAGUUUGGACGUGAGCUAUAAUAUGUUGUGCGGACCAAUACCCAAGAUGAAAGCGUUUAUGGAGAUGCCGUCGGCGUUUGAGCAUAACAAGUGUCUGUGUGGAAAGCCCCUGUCUCCUUGCGGGCGAUUAUUGAGGAUCUGA